AUGCUGGCUGUGCCCAGAUUUCCGGAUCUCAGCGGGAACAUUGCUUCGCCUGAUGCCGCCAGGUCCAACUAUUCGCUGGAACUGUCGGGAGACGCAAGAUCUGGUUCCUUCUGGCCCGUCAUGGCUCGACUUAAAAGCGCCACAUUUGGCAAAACUAUGCUUCCCCCAAAACCUAUUCGCGUCUUGGCUAAUGUGGAAUGCAGUCUCGACAUGGCAUCGGUCUUAUCAACACCUCCAGAGGGAGUCGAACCGUGA